AGAGAGAGAGAGAGAGGGGGGGGAAGAAAUAAGAAGAAAAGACCGGGGCAGUGGCAGAGUGGAGAGGCGAGAGAAGCAUCUGGUAUUCAAGCUAGAUUGGAGGACUUCCUGCUGAGAAUUGAAGCAUCAACAUAAUUUUAAAGUUGGUGAAGUGUCUGUUUGUAAUGGCCCCUCCUUCUUUGUUGAUGCUGCUGAUGGUGGUUGCCAUGGCAACUGGGGCGGAUUCAGUCAGCGAGGAGAAUGAACUGGAUUAUGGAUACUGGAACUACAGAGAGGGAGCUGAUAGUGUCAAUGUGGCCUCAGUGCGCAGUGUGACCAGAGUUUUAGACGCCUGGGGAAAACGCAUCUUCCGUGAAAUCAAGACUUUGCUGCACUCUCAGCCCAGCACACUGCUGCCUGACUACUCCAGGGUGCGCCCUCUGUCCGAGUCCGUCAACGACCUGUUCAGAGAAGUGUCCCUGCUGCGCAGGCGCAUCACCGAACUCUCUCAUCGCCUAGCAACCCUGGAACCGUUCCUCCGUCACCACGGCUACUGGGAAGUGGGGGAGGAGGAGGGAGGCGGCCUGAGAGGAGAGGUGGCGAGCCUGGCUCGGUACAGCCCGAGAAUCCCGGGGGGGGCGGGUCCACCGAGGGGGAGCCGGGUGGUGAGGAGGAGACGGGUGAGAGUCCUGAAGAAAGGGGGAGUGAAGCUGCUUCAGAGAGAGAGAUAGAGAGUGACACACUGAUGGAGGGAGGUGAAGAGAAAGUGUGUGUGUGUGUGUGUGUGUGUGUGUGAGUGUGUGCGUGCGUGCUUUUGCAAAUAUUAUAUAAUGUAAGAAAUCCAUUUUGUAUAGAUUUCAUUUUUAAAAAUAACAGCCUAGACAUGACAAUAAAAUAUAGACUGCUUGAGAUCAGAGAUGAUGAUUAUGUUUUGUAUAUCUUUAAUAAACUCUUUUUAUGAUUAGCA